CCCCGUCCCCUUUGCUUUCUCUAAGAAGCAAUCAACAGACGCCACACCAUGUCUGGACCACUGUCUCCCAAGACAGCUCUGGACAAGAGUGACCGAGCUGGUUCUCUAAAGAAGAAAGCAAUGAGUCUGAGGAGUUCCCUCUCAAGGAAGAGCAGGCGAAGCAGCAGCAAGGUGAUGUCCGUGGAGAUUGAGGAUGUGCGCGACGCUGAGGAUUUGAAAGCCGUUGAUGAGUUCCGUCAAGCUCUUAUCUUAGACGAGCUACUCCCUGAGAAGCACGAUGAUUAUCACCAGUUGCUCAGAUUCCUCAAGGCCAGGAAAUUUGACAUUGAGAAAUCAAAGCAAAUGUGGUCUGACAUGCUUCAGUGGAGGAAGGAAUUUGGUGCCGACACCAUCGUCGAGGAUUUUGACUUCAAGGAAAUCGAUGAAGUUGUGAAAUAUUAUCCCCACGGACAUCAUGGAGUAGAUAAAGAUGGGCGACCUGUGUACAUUGAGAAUAUAGGCCAAGUGGAUGCGACCAAGUUGAUGCAAGUCACAACCAUGGAUCGCUAUAUCAAGUACCAUGUCAAGGAGUUUGAGAGGACUUUUGAUUUGAAGUUUGCAGCUUGUUCCAUUGCUGCAAAGAAGCACAUUGAUCAAAGUACCACCAUUCUGGAUGUGCAAGGAGUGGGGCUUAAGAACUUCAACAAACAUGCCAGGGAGCUCAUCACACGCCUUCAGAAGAUCGAUGGUGACAAUUAUCCCGAAACCUUGAAUCGCAUGUUCAUCAUCAAUGCAGGUUCUGGAUUUAGGAUGUUGUGGAGCACCGUAAAAUCCUUCCUUGAUCCAAAGACCACAUCCAAGAUCCAUGUUCUUGGUAACAAGUAUCAAAGCAAAUUGCUUGAAGUCAUUGAUGCAAGCCAAUUGCCCGAGUUUUUAGGAGGUACUUGUACAUGUGCUGAUCAAGGAGGCUGCAUGCGUUCUGAUAAGGGCCCAUGGAAGGAUCCAGAGUUAGUGAGGAUGGUUCAAAAUGGUGAGCACAAAUGUUCAAGGAAGUGUGAGUCUCCUGUUGUCGAAGAAAAGAAAAUUUCUGAGGAGACAACCAAAAUGGGAGCAAAUUUCACCUCACAAUUGUCUUCAGUCUUUGGAGAGGUCCCAGCUACAAAAGUUUGCAAUUACGAGGAUUUUGUGCCAGCAGCUGAUGAAACAGUUUGGAAAAAGGUCGAAGAAAAUGAGCAAUUUCAAAUGUCAAAAGCUGUUGUAGAAACCUUCAGCAUGGUUGAUUCGUGCAAGAUUCACGAAAAGGUGAAUUCCCAGAUUUUCACCGGUGUGAUGGCAUUCGUGAUGGGCAUCGUGACCAUGGUGAGGAUGACAAGGAACAUGCCAAAGAAGCUCACUGACGCGAACUUCUACUCCAACUCUGUUUACUCGGGUGGGCAAAAUCCUUCUGACCAGACCAACCCUUCCAUUUCCGCUCAAGAGUUCAUGACUGUGAUGAAGCGCAUGGCUGAGUUGGAAGAGAAAAUGGGCAACAUGAACUACAACACUUGCAUGCCACCUGAGAAGGAGGAAAUGCUCAAUGCUGCCAUAAGCCGUGCAGAUGCUUUAGAGCAAGAACUUAUGUCAACCAAGAAGGCUUUGGAGGAUUCACUUGCUAAGCAAGAGGAGCUUUCGGCUUAUAUUGAGAAAAAGAAGAAGAAGAAGAAGUUGUUUGCUUGGGCAUGAGCUCACAAUAUAACUGAGGAUUUCAGCUUUCCAAAUGCUACUUCCCAAAUGCCCUCCUAUUUGUCACACUGAAUGUUCCAAAUGUGAACUGCUACUAGAUGUACCAGAAAUAUGAUGGUAUAGUACUCUAGGAUGGGACUUGCUUUAUCCAUGUAUAUUGUAUGCAAAAGUUAGUCCUGUUCUGAUGUACAAAAUUUAACUCUAAAUAUAACUCUAAUAGUAUAAAAUUUAGAGAGGCGUUUGGAUAUAUGAAAUUCGAACCCUCACAAAAUAGUGUUGGGAAUCCAUUUUUUAUAUGCACAAAAGAGCU